AUGUCUGUUCAUGGACAAGUUAAAAUUCGAACAUCAGCUGAACAAAAAGCUGCACGAGAACGUGAACGAGCAGAAAAACUUCAAUUAUAUUUAACACAAUAUCAAUCUAUAUUAAAUAAUCGUUAUUUACUUGAUAGUUUUCAACUUUUAAAACAAACAGAAAACGUUCUUAUUGAUCAUCCGGAUUGUUUUACACUUUGGAAUAUUCGAAGAGAAUCAAUACUUAAAUUAAAUGAUGAUCAACAAAAAGAAUAUUUAGAAAAAGAAUUACAAACUACACAAAUAUGUUUGAAAUCAAAUGCUAAAUCUUAUUCAUGUUGGUAUCAAAGACAAUGGGUUUUAAAAUUAUUAAAAGAUAAAUUUAAUUUAAAUCUUUAUCAAAAUGAAUUACAAUUAUGUAAAAAAUAUUUAGAAUAUGAUGAACGAAACUUUCAUUGUUGGGCAUAUCGUUAUUAUCUUCUAGAACGUCUUUGUCCAUCAUCAUCAUCAUCGUCAUCUGAUUUAGAAUCAUUCUAUGAAAAUGAAUUAUCUUUUCUUCGUUCAACAAUUGGUGUUAAUUUAUCAAAUUAUUCAGCAUGGCAUUAUCGUUCAAAAUAUUUAGAUAAACUUCUUGAUCAUAAUCCUUCUCGUCGUUCUUCACUUUUAUCAAAUGAAUGGCAACUUGUUUUAAAUGCUUUUUAUACAGAUUGUUCAGAUCAAGCUGCAUGGUUUUAUGCACGAUGGUUAUUAUUUAAACAAAUUGGAAUUGAAUUUAUUAAUGAAGAUGAACAUAUUAAACCAUUAGAAGAACUUGAUAAUAUUGAACCAGGAAAUAAAUGGUGUAUGUUAGCUUUAUCUCAAUUAUGGAAAGGAAAAAAUAUAAAAAAUGAUAAAAGAAUAAUUUAUUUAGAACAAUUAGCUAAUCAAAUUGAUUCUGAUCGAGCACAAUUUUAUAGAGAUCAAAUUUAA